UUAACUAAGUUGUUAUAUAUUUAAUUGUAUUGAAGUUUAAAAAAACUAAUUUACAAUAAUAAUAUAUAUUACUUGAAUAACAUAUUUAAAUAAAAAUCAUUUUUUGUUAUUAAUUAUCUAAUUUGUUUAAAACUUAAAAUAAUAAAAAUGUUGAAAAAUCAAUUGACCAUUGUACUUUUAACGGUAUUUACGAUGCAAUUUUCAGUGAGCUAUCAAGACUCGAAACAACCGGUGAAGUUUGAUUUUGUGGGAAUGUAUCGGCGAAACGGUUUCAAUACAAUAGAUAAAUCCCUUCUCCAGGAAAUGUCUAAAGAGUUGAACCAGUUUUACGAUGGUUUUAGAAAAGCACCGGCAGAUGACCUAUUGUUUAUCAUACGCGACGACUUUGGUUCGACAAUUAGCGCUUACGCGGUCGCUGUCGACAUAUUUCAGAAAGAGUUUACCAAAAAAAACAUACCGUCCGUCGCCAAGACAUUAAAAUUGGUGGCCGGUUUGCUCAAACAAAUCGAUCAGACACUCAAUAAGACAAUUACACCCCUAAUAGGACAGACUAAACGAAAAGGCAAACCAUUGGUGAACAAAAGUAAUUUUGUUUCGGUUAACAAAAAAUUAGCCAUUGAAACAAUCAAACGGUUGAAACUGCCGCAGGAGGCGCCCAAAUUGGUGUCCACUGUGUUUGUAGAGAUAAUUCAAACGACAGGCCGGGCAACCAAUCAGGCCAUCCAAUCGAUUUUGGAUAAGACUAAAGUGUUGGGUGUAUUACCGGCAAAAUACUUACCCAUACAAGCGGUUAGUCAAACAUUGGACGUCCUUUUACAGAAAAUUGCUGAUACCUUGAAAAUGGCUAAACUCUAAUAUAAGGGCUAAACACUACAUGUAUUACAUGUAUAACUAAAUUAUUAAUUUUAUAUUAUAAUUGCAUUUUUUUUGAA